UUCUUCAGGUCAAAUGCAAUAAUAUUUUUGAAGAAAAAAGCUAAGCUAAAGCUGUAAAAAGCUUUGGCUCGAAACAUUAGAGAAGUGUUGAAAGUUUUCCUUUAUUUAUAGAAGAAAAUGCCUAUGAUUUUAUUUUUCUAUUUUGUAGGCUGUAGCAGCGGUGGCGGGUGGCGGGUGACAGCGCUGGCGCGGCAGCGGCGCGCGGUGGCGAGAUGAGCGUUGCAGCGCAUGCACCGCCACCGCCGCUGUCCGCCGCCGAGGCGCUCUCCUUGCUGCUGUGGCAGCCGUACGAGUGUCGCUCACCGCCCCUCGCGCGCUCCCGCACCGAUGGCGCCCUGGCGGCGGCCGCAGCCGGCGGGGGGGCCGCUGCGGCCUCCGCCUCGUGCGCUCUCCAGUCGCCAAACGGCGGUCGUCAUGCGCGCGCGUCGUUUUGCGCGAUUACUCCCCGCCACGAGAUGCGGCUGCCCGUGCCGGCGCCCGCCCCGCUGCGCAAGUCGGACUCGGUCUCGGUGCGCGUUCCGGGCGAGCCGAGCCGACAAAACGUGUCCAGUGUGAACAUAGUGCAGGUGCAGGAUGCGACGCCCAGUUGUAAUGUGAACAGUGCCGUGCAGACCGACAGGGAGAGGAGUGUAGCGAGCGCGGAGUGCCAGACUGAAGAGCCGGCGCGGCGGCGGCGCACCAGGCGUGCUCGGGCGCCGCGCGUGCCCGAACUGCUCGAGAGCGUGCCGCCGCCGCCGUACAGCACGCUACCGCAUCCAGCUCUCCAGGGGCUACCGGGUCAUACCGCCCUCCCUGGCCAUCCGGUACACCCGGCACACCCAGCACACCCGGUGCACCCGGCGCUCCCGGUGCCAGUGCACCCUCCUCCCGCACCCAUCAUAGCUUCGCCGCACCCGCCUGCGCCGCGGUACCCCUUCCAGCCGAUCCCACUCAGAUCGGGUCGAGGCGCGGCGUACGCGUGUUCCGAGGGCGAAGGCAACGCGCCCAAGUCCUGCUGUGGGCGGCCGCCGCUGAGACUAUGCGUGCUGUUCCUGGGUGUGGUGGGCGCGUGCCUCGUGGCCGCCGGGGCUGUUCUCGGAGCCCUACGGCCGCACCCAAGAGCACCUCUAACGUUGCUCCUAUUAAUGAUAGGUAUAGGUGUGGUAUUGGUGACGGCAGCCGUCGUGGCGUGGCGGCUAGGUGCCCGCGACGCUCCUUGCGCGCUGUUAGGGCUGCGGCGGGCGUCCUGCCGUCGUCUCGUGCCACGGUUACCGCCGAGCUACGCGCGCCCGCACCAUCCAUACGCGGCCAUGCUGUACCCGGAGUUCCACUACAGACCACCGCCGCCAACGUACCAAGCUUCCAUGCAAGAGUAUAGACUCAGGUACAUACCUAUGUUACUUCUCCUGGAUAGAAGUGCGCCCGCGGUGUCUCCGCCUCCUACGUACAGGUCAAAUUCAGCUAGUCUAGUCAGAGGUUCAACUGGCGCGGCGUGGUGCGGCUCCGAGUACAGCGGGCCGCCAUCGUACCGCGCGCCCCGCACCGACCCCCCCGUCACGGUCACAGACUCGUUGCCGACGCUCGCGCCACUCGACCUCAAAUACGCCGACGACGCGCUCGAAUCGCUUCCCAAGCCCACUGAACAGGAGAAGGACCCCGACGAGCAUCUCGUCACCAUAGUCCACACGGACGCGCAACCCGUCAUCGUCACAGUGUCGGGAUCGACCGCCCUCAACGAAACGCACAUGGCCCACGCGCCGCCUUCAGAAAUCGACAUACUCGCUCACUUAUAACGAACUAAGUCUUCUAGCGUAUCUCCGAAGGCUUGUGAGCGAAAACGCACGCGCCACCCGACGGUCGCAGUGCGAUUUGUGGCAGUGAUUUGUAGUACUAAAAUAUUAUCUCGAAUUUGGGGAAAGGGAAUAUCAUAAUAAGCUCAUGAAAUACACAUCAAACCCGAGGAAAAUCGUUUCAUCAAAACCCGAUUUCUGUUAUACAUAAACCAUAAUUAACGGUUAACAAUACAAAAUUUACAUAACAAUGAAUUGUUUUGUCUAACGAGAUACUAAAUAACUUUUUGUAGACAUUAUCAUAACCUUAUUUUUACAAUUUAUAAUAUUUCUAGCUUCGAAUAAUAUUCCCUUUAUCUGAAAGUGUAAUCGUUUCAAGUACCUUAUUUUAUUGAUUAUAAGUUAUGUAAAUAAAGCACUGAGGUAUAUUUUAUUUGAUUAGAUAUUAUAGUUAUUUUAACAAAGUAUGUGCCGUGUAUAUAUACAAAUAAAAAUGUUAGCAAUAAAUGAAAUCGAGCGUACGAUUAGUUUCAAGCCAAAUUUUUUCACCGAAAUGUACAAUGUACGAGUGAACUUGUUUCAAAUAGUGCCAAUGGUUGUUUUAUUUGGUAUUCAUGCAUAAUAUCGAAAACCAAAAUGUUGAUCAUCAAAAAGCUACGCCAAAUGGCUUAAUACACAAUUUGUCUAUAGCAAAUCAGGUUUCGUACACUCAAUUGGUAAACUUUUGAUGUAACAUUUUUAUCGACGAUUUCUUUGUAGUCGACGAUUUGUCGUUGAUCUAUUAUUGCUUGACUUUUGGUUUUCGGUAAAGCAUGCGAAGCCUGUGUUUAAUUAUUUAUAUGCUGUACAUAAAAUAUUCAAGCGGUAUAUUUAUACGAAUCUGAAAGCCAAAUGUAUCGAAUAUAUUGUUUGAUGUAUAAGACAACCUCGCCGAUAAUUUUAUUUAUCGAACCACCUAAAUAUAUUUUUUUGCUUAGCUAAUUUAUUACUCCUGCAGUUUUAUGUUUCUUUGGUAAACUAACAGUUUAAAAACACUUCACAUAAUUAUGCAAGUAUGUCAAAAUUGUAUUAUUUUACACUAUAAUUAAAUGUUAAUAAUUUAAGAGCAAUAAUUAUGUUAUGCUUAGGCAACUUUGUAAAUAUUGAUGGUUCACAUCUUAUCUUGUAUCUUACAUGAUAUAAAAUAACUUUCAUGUUUUAAAAAAAUAUUUUUACCCUGAUUAACUAACACAAUGUACUUACAUUCUCAAAAUUUGAAAUUAGAUUGGCAUGAAAUUCACAAUAGAUUAUCAAAGUAUAAUUUAUCAACAAUGUUUACACCGAACGAUUAAAAAAGUUACUUAAUUUUAAAUAAAUAUAACAGAUAUUCAUUUUUAUUAGAAUAGAGAUAAGGAUAACACAAUGUUGCUUUAAGUGUUAAGGCCCCUGGUUUCUUAUUAUCAUUCUGAACUAAUACAGAUUGCAACAUUUAACUGGAUAAAAACUCUAUAUAUAUAAUUUAGCAGAGAGUUAUUUUAUUUCAACAAAAAUGAUGCAGUACUGAAAUUCUGGAAUACUGAUUCACGAUCAUUGGAAAACUGUACUGUUUAGUAUUUUGUAACAUAGUACCUACAUACUGUUACUGUUAAUAUUAUAAAACAUUAUUGUAAUUAUUACGAUGUACAUAACGUUAUUUGUAUUAUAAGAUAAUAAAGAUCUUUAGUGAAACCAA